AUGCCACUGGAACAGCAGCGAAGCGGCGGACGUGCCGAGAGUGGAGCCUGUGGACCGGAACGCGUACUGGAUGGACGUGACGGCGGACUGGUGGUCCUGGGGCACGGACGCGAUCAGGGACAGCAGCGUGGUGGUGAGCAUGGACGCGUAGGCGCAGUACGGCACUGCAGGCAGCGCCAUGAUGAGGUAGACGGGCAGCGGCCGGUCGGAGCGGGCGGGCUGCGUGCACAGCACCAGCGCGGCCAGGCUCAGCACGCCGGCCGCGGCGCUCGCGAUGGAGAAGUUGCGGUACCUGCCCGUCACCUUCAUGUAGUAGCCGGACCCGAUGGACGAGAACGACGACAGGACGAUCGACGGGACGAGCCGGGUCCCGACCUGGCCGGUGUCAAACCCGUACACCGUCGACAAAAACACCGGGUAGUAGUAGAGCACGCAGCUGAUGUACAUGGUGCCGAACCAGUUGGCCAGCGAGGAGCCGAGGAUGGAGCGGUUUCUGAGCAGCUCGAGGGGCACGAUCGGGUCGACGGCGGCGUUCUCUAUCCUGACGAAGCCGGCGAGAGACGCUGCAAACGCGAGACAGAGCAGGACGGGCCAUUUGGGCGACUCGAACUCGAACGAGGUGACCAGAAUGAACAGGAACAGAGUGAGCGCGAGGCUGAGAAUGCCCAGGACGUCGACGCGUCUCAGUUUCUCCCGCCACGUGAGCUGCACGCGGAUGAUCGGCGGCAGGUUCAGGUUGAACAGACACAGCAGAAAGCAGCCGAUGCCGAUCGGACACUGGAUCCAGAACACCAUCCGCCAGCCGUAGCGCUUCGCAACCAGGCCGCCGAACGUCCCGCACGCAGACCCCCCCACGGCCGUCGUGGCGGCCGCGCACUGGAAACAGCCGAUCGUGAACACAAAGAUACAGCCCAGGAUCAUGGGCUUGCGGCCAAAAAUGUCGGACAGUUUGCCCAAAGGCUGGAUGAUGGAGGACGCCAGCAAAUAGGACGUCGCGAUCCACGAAAGAUACGGAAUGGCGUCCAGGUCGGACGCGAUCUCCGUCAGAAUCGUCGACAGAAUCGUGGUGUCCAUGGACGCCAGGAACGUGAGCGAGAAAAUGCACGGCAGAAUCACAUACAGCUGUCUCUUGGGAACAAGGUACUCGUCGGCGCCGUCUUGCUCAGCGGCCACGGAGCCGUAGCCGGAGUCGAGCUCCUCGGUGAGCUCCUCGGCAACGUAGCCGGGCAGCGAGGUCGAGGCGUCCGGGAGGAGCGGCGAUUGGGGGGUCGUCAUGAAGAGAGUGAUAACAGUUUUUGGGCAGUAAAUGCGCUGUUUGUGCUUAUGUAA